AUGACAUGUCUCAACAUGGACGUCUGCCAAGCAGCCCGCGUCCUGAAAAGUUUGUUACAGGCCUUUUCGAUCAGCAACAAAGGGCACAAACAAAAAUUUUGGCUUGGAAUGGACAACCUCAACUUUUUGGAUUCCCCCUUCCGACCACACUCGAACCCAAACGCCACGCGAAACAUGUGCAGUGAAACCAACACUGCAUCUUUCGUUCAUUUUAGUGUCUCAUUGCUGCAAGCCUGCCACCCUUAUUCACCCUCCCUCGUCCCCGAUCAGAUAUUUGAGCCAAAUAUGGCAUGCAUAGACGGCGGCAACUGGGACGUCUGGGUUCCUGAGGCCCCGUCACCACCGUUGCAUGCACUACGCAUGCAUGGCACUUGCACCUGCUCACCCCCUAAAGUCCCACCAAUGCCGCCCCUUACACCUGCUCUACCGCUUCCCCUCCCUCCACCGCUGCUGCUGUUAGGGCUGAACAUAGCGUGCAGCAGCCACUUAUGUCACCACUGCUUCUGCCGCGGUGACUUGCACCACUCACACCAAGACCCAACAUGGCAAGGAUAUGCGGCAGCGACCACAUCAUUCCAUUGCCACCACGGCCCAGCACGGUUACUGUACAGCGGUGCCAGCUGGAAGGAAGGACAGCGCUGCAGCAGUGGAGUAUGCAUGCUGCUCCCACUGAAGAGGCUCAUGAGCCGCAGGCGCAUCCCAUGCCGGCAUAACGCGACACCGACAGCCGGGAUGAGGUUCUGCAAUCGCAAGCCCCGGCCUGGGGCAGCUGCGGCCGCGACACUCGCUGCACAUAAAAGUGUACCCACAACAAGAGCACCCAUUCAGAGCUCCACAGGGCCAGUUGCUAAGUGCGCCCUCCGGGUAGUCAUCCACGACACCCUGGCAGUCCAUGUACAGGAGUGCUUGCUGAAGGUGUUUACAAAGCGUGGUUGCCGAAACGGAAACUGGACGGUGAAUGCCAUUUUGUUCCCAAGAGAUAACAGUAUCUUCCGAUGGUUCCGCGUCGUCAGCGUCUUCACGGUGAAUCGAAUCAAAAUCUUGGACCUCAUAGGCCGCGUCAUUAUCAAUGUUAACCGGCUCCUGUUACGCAUCGGCAGUUAUCCAGCUACGUUUGCCGGAAGGCUCGGGGGCUGGGCAUUCCGAAGCUGCUUUGUUCCAACCCGUCGCCUUUUUUAUCCUAUUUGCUUUGGCAAUGCUCUUCUUAAUGGGGGCGAGUGA